UGUAUUGCUAUCGCCAUCGGUCUACAUUUUUUCUAUUUAGCUAGCUUAAUGUGGAUGAUGAUGGAAGCGAUAUUAUUACUACAGAAAAUCACGUCGAUGAGACGAAAACUAGAUUUAAGACUUAGGCGAUACUAUUUUAUACUAGGAUGGUCUCCUCCAGCAGUUAUUGUUGCGAUAUCAGUUGGCACGGAUGUAAAUGCAUAUCAGAAUUCAGAUUAUUGUUGGAUAAAGAAUGCAAGCGGUCAAAUGUGGUUUUUCGUUGGACCUGUCAUGUUAAUAAUUACGUGUAACUGUGCUAUUGCUGUUACUGCGAUGAAAUCCCUUUACUCUAUUACAGCCAUGAUUCAAAAGACCGAACUUCAAAAGCUUAAAGUCGGAAUAAAAGCCGUAACCUCUUUGAUCUUCCUAUUUGGGAUAUCCUGGAUAUUUGGUAUCUUAUAUUUCUCAACUAAUCAACUUGUUUUCGGCUAUCUAUUUACGAUCAUCAAUAGUCCACAAGGAUUCUUAAUCUUUUACUUUCAUUGCUUUACCGAUCGUGACGUAAGUUUUUCAUAG